AUGCCGCUCUAUGCUAAAUUCUUGAAGGAGUUGAUGACCAAGAAGAGAAGUUUGAAGAACAAUGAGACUGUGGUACUCACUGAAGAAUGCAGUGCCAUCAUCCAACACAAAUUGCCCCAGAAAUUAAAGGAUCUUGGGAGCUUCAAAAUCCCUUGUAUCAUAGGGGAAAUCACAGUAGAGAAGGCUUUAUAUGAUCUAGGAGCUAGCAUAAAUCUGAUGUCCUUAGCAAUGAUGAAGAAAAUGAGGAUUGAGGAGGCCAAACCGACAAGAAUGGCCUUGCAACUAGCAGAUCGAUCAUUCAAGUUUCUUCACAGAAUAAUAGAAGACUUGUUGGUGAAGGUGGGAGACUUUAUCUUUCCAGCAGACUUCAUAGUAUUGGACAUGGAGGAAGGAGCUAAGACCUCUAUCAUCUUGGGAAGGCCAUUCUUUGCCACUGCCGAAGCCAUUAUUGAUGUCCAAAAGGGUGAACUUGUCCUUAGACUACAUGAGGAGAAAAUGAUAUUCAAUGUGUUCAAGGCCAUGAGUUUCCCACAAGCCUCAUUGGGAGAAUGUAUGAGGUUGGACUCAGUGGAUGCUGUGGUGCAAGAGACUCUUGAAGAAGAAGAACUUGAUGAGUUAACAGAAGAAGAGGAAUCAGCAUCAAGCGAAGAGGCUGCAACAGCUAAAGUUCAUGUGCAAGGCACACUAGAGGGGAAGGAUAAAAGAAAAGAAGCACCCAAACUUGAACUAAAGGCACUGUCGCCCACCCUCAAGUAUGCAUACUUAGGAGAGAAUGAAAGCUAUCCAGUGAUUAUAAAUUCAGCCCCCAGCCGAGAACAAGAGGAAGAGUUGCUUCAAGUCUUACAAAAGCAUAAGGAUGCCAUUGGAUGGACACUUGCUGACUUGAAGGGAAUCAGUUCGGCCAUAUGCAUGUAUAAGAUACUAUUGAAAGAUGAUGCCAAACCUUCCAUUCAACCCCAAAGGAGGCUGAAUCCACUUAUGAAGGAAGUGGAAUUCAAUAUUGAGAUUAGAGACAAAAAGGGUGUGGAGAACAAGGUAGCAGAUCAUCUAUCCAGAAUCCCUUGUGAGAAAGGUGCACACCCCUAG